AUGAUGAAAAUCGAUACACCAGAAUUCCGUGCGCUGUUCACUCCCGAGCUGAAUGAACUCUCCCGUUUGUUUCUUGAAAACGGAUAUGAGAUUCGCCUUGCUGGUGGACCUGUUCGUGACUUGCUUCUCGGAAUCGAGCCGAAAGAUUUGGAUUUCGCGACCAAUGCGACGCCUGAUCAGAUGAAGGAAAUUUUCGAGAAAAAUCAAGUUCGCAUGAUCAACAACCGGGGUGAGCAGCACGGAACUGUCACCCCGCGUAUUUUUGACAAGGAAAAUUUUGAAGUUACUACACUAAGAAUCGAUGUGUCUACUGACGGACGUCACGCAGAAGUGCAAUUCACUGACGAUUGGAAGCUCGAUGCUAGUCGCCGAGAUUUGACGAUAAAUUCCAUGUUUCUUGGUUUGGACGGUAUUUUGUAUGAUUUUUUCGGCGGCUCCAGUGAUCUAAAAGAGAGGCGCGUGAGAUUUGUUGGCGAAGCGGACAAGCGCAUAAAAGAAGAUUAUCUCCGAAUACUACGAUACUUCAGAUUUUAUGGCCGCAUUGCAACAACGCCGAAUUCCCAUGAUGAAUCGACCCUGCAAGCAAUUCGAGAUAACGCAUCCGGUCUGGAUAUAAUUUCGGGUGAACGCAUUUGGUCCGAACUGAAGAAGAUCCUCACUGGCCGCUAUGCUGCUGAUUUGAUUAUGUGUCUGCUGGAUACAGGAUGUGGGCCCCAUGUAGGACUUCCGAAAGAAGUUGGUGGAAGUUCGCUGUCUAUUGUCUAUAGUCGACUUCAAGGACUGGAAUACGAAGCGAUGACAUUGUUGUCUUCGAUUCUACAAGAUGACUCGGACGUGAUGCAUUUCCACCAGAGAAUGAAACUUUCAAACUUCGACCGAGAUCUCGGUUUUUUUAUAGCAGAAAAUCGUGGUAUCAAGGAUAAUGAAUUAUUGAGCUUGAAAACUUAUCAGCUACUCCUGGCCGACGCUAAACCAGAGAGAUUCAAAGAAUGUCGGAAGUGGAUUUUAGAGUUGAUGAAGUAUCAAGGGGCCAAUGCCUCUUUACGGGAAGAGUUUGAAGCUUGGCAAAUGCCAAGAUUUCCCGUAAACGGUCACACAUUAGUUCAGCACAAAGUUCCUCGUGGGAAAUUGAUGAGCGUCGUGUUGUCAAAAUUGAAGAAUCAUUGGAAAGACAAUGAUUUCAAUGCGACUCUAGAGGAACUGGAAAAAAAAAUUCCCGAUAUUCUGCGUGAAGCCUCGGGUAAUGAUCUGAACAUCGAAAAAGAUUCCGCGGUCAGUAAACGACAGCGGAGAUCUUGA